ACCCGCAGAGCGGCAUCGUCGAUCGUUUUCAAUUCGUUGUAUCUCUACUAUUCCUACGCAAAUCGAGGUUUCCAACCCAUUCUACCAUAUCCCAUCCCGAAACCGAUAGCCAGAAUGAAGAGCAUCUCCAUCCUCGCCAGCCUGGUUGCGGUGGCCGCUGCCGGCAACCAUCAUAAACCGCCAGCAAACCCUCAUGCUGCAGCAUAUCCCGCCGCGAACCCCCCGCCUGCGCAAGCCGCAGCAGCUCAGGGGAAUGUCCACACCAUCGUCGUCGGCGGCACCAAACCCCCCGCCGACCCUGCCGGCACCCCCACCCCUAACCUCGCCUUCACUCCCCCAUCUAUUCAAGCCGCCCCGGGAGACAUCGUGCGCUUCGAAUUCCUCCAAACCAACCACACCGUCACCCAAUCCACCUUCGCGCAGCCUUGCGCCCCCAUGCCCGGCGGCAAGGACUCCGGGUUCCUCCCCAACCCCGACGGCACCACUCCUGGACCUACCUUCGACUUCACCGUCGCCUCCACCGACGCCGUCUGGAUGUUCUGCGCCCAGGGACCCCACUGCUCCAAGGGCAUGGUCUUCGCCAUCAACGCGGCUGCUACCGGAGAGAAGACCUUCGAGGCAUAUAAGGCGCUCGCUCUGGGGAGCGCCAACGGCACAGGGCAGGCGGCGGGCGGGCAGGCGACGGGCGGGCUGUUGGCAGGGACGCCAGCGCCGGCGCAGUCGAGUACGGUGACGUUGGUGGCGACGAGCGUUGCGGUGGCAGAUCCGGGAGCGGCGACGGGAGCAGCGACGGGAGCGGCGGCGGCGCCGAGUGGUUCUGUGGCGCAGGGCCAGGGAACAACGCCAGGGGGCCAGCCGUGUGCAUGCAGUUGUUUGUGUGGGGUGAAUUCGUUUCCGCCGGAGGUUGGGCAGGGGAUGUUUGGUGGGUUUUUGGGUCAAUUGCCAUCGACUCCUUGAGGUUGCGUGGAGGCUCUCAGUGCUUGCGCUGCAUUGCUCGCUGGUGAAAGGAGGCUGCGUUGGCAGUGAUGGAUGUCUAGCCGGUUCCGUUGGUGGUAUCUAGACGGCUCUUAUUUUCUUGUACGCUUCAAUAAUAUCCUGCAUGAGGCGCUGUUCAGGGUUAUGCAUCAGAAGGUUUGCAGAUUUUCCGGGGUUUCGAAAACCUAGAUCAU